ACCCGCGUCCCCUCCAUCUCUCUCUCACCCAAAACCUCCGUCUCUCUGCAUAAUCCUCAAAACCCCUAAAAUCAAAUUAGGGUUCAUGAAAUCGCACUAGGGAAAAAAAAUCAAGCAGACAAUCAAUGGUGGAUCUCUUCAAAGAUCACAUUUUUGCAGGCCACGCAGUCGCCGCCUCUGCCUCCAUCGCUGUCUCCUCUUCUCUCAUUCAUCCCAUCGACACCCUCAAGACUCUCCUUCAAGUUGGUGCGGGGGCUUCUCAGCAAUUGAGCUUUCCUCAAGUGGUAGAUCGAGUUUCAUAUGCAUCUGGGCUUAGAGGUCUAUACAGUGGGCUUCCUUGGUUAGCACUCGGUAGCAUUUCAGGGCUGGGCACUCGCUUUGGAGUAUAUGAAAUUCUAACAGCUUUCUAUAAAGAUGGAAGAGAAGAUAACUAUGUCUAUGUAUCUGAGGCCCUUUUAGCGGGCAUAGCUGCUGGAGGUGCAGAGUCUGUUAUGUGCACCCCAUUUGAACUUCUUAAACUCCGGAAACAAGUAGCCAGUGCUUCUGGUUAUAAAGCUAUUAGCUCAGUUAAGGUCAUGCAGGACUCUACAACGUUGAUCUCAAAACUACUACCUUGUUAUACUCCUGAUAUGAGGGCAUGGAACAACACUGUUGGUAUUCUUUCCAACGUCUUCCCCAAGCAUGUUGACAUUGUUGGCGCACUCAAACAGUACCCGUGGAUGUUGACUGGUUCUGGAAGACCACCACUUGCAUCUGAAGUUGCACGGCCUCGAGAUAUUAUAUCCUUGGAAGGUUGGAAUUCUUUAUGGAAAGGUCUUCGGCCAGGAAUAGCUCGAGAUUGUGUUUUUGGCGGUAUUUUCUUUUCAACAUGGCAAUUCUUGCACAUAGCAAUGCUUAAUUGGAAGGCCAUUGACAUAAAUCCUCCACCCAGGUCAAUCAAUGAAGUUGACCCUAUAUCUCCUUUAGCUUCUAGUCUUGCUGCUGGGUUUUCUGGAACAAUGGCUGCUGCUGCUUCUCACACCUUUGACACUGCUAAAACAAGGUCCCAGUGUAUUGUUACGCCUAAGUAUAUAGCUAUGGAAAGAAAGCUGCUGAAAUGGAGUGCACCAGGAAUUUGGAUAGAGAGAGUUGCAGGAAUGUCUCCUGCUGAUAGAAACAUCAUGUUUCGUGGCAUUUGGCUAAGGAUGGCGCGAAGUGGCAUCGCAUCUUUUUCAAUUGUUGGAAGCUACUUAUUAGCUCUUGAUCGUCUAUUUUAAUGAUAAUCUGGCUAAUACUUGAAGCACCUGGAAAACAAGCAAAAAGUAAUCCAAAAUAGUUACAGUUGGUAACACUAAUAGCCACCAUUUCUCCUCUUCCUCAACGCUGGAUGCCCAUAUUAUUUGCUUCAGGCCUACAGGCCAGUACAGGUUCGGACUUGGACGCAAUUCUGUUAAAAGUUGGAAAUGGCAUUGGCUUUUUUGUCGGGUUCUAAUGAAGCUGAGUUGAUUCUCAUUGCCAUUUUGUUCUUGGUGAAUAAGGCCUCCCUAAGGGGACGCAGAUCCUGUAAAGGAGAGUAAUUUACAUAAAUUUUGACAGUCCAAUAUGAAGAUGUGAAAUUAAUCCCUGGUCUGUGUUUUAUGUAUGAAUUGUCUUUUUUUGCUUUAUUUCAUUAUGUAGAUGGUCUUUGCUUUGCAAAUACUUGCUUUGCAAAUACACUAUCACGUAUCUUUUUUUGGAACAUUAACAAUUUUUAUCUUUGUAUUUCCCAAGUGUGAGACUGAUAUUAGUCUUGAUUUUUAUUUAUCUUUGUCAGGUUGGGUUAA